ACAGAACAUUAUACAAGGUAUGGAGUUCAAUUUCAACAAAUACGGUCGUUCAACCAUCGAUUCCUUGGGAACUCUAUAUGACUAUGGUAGUGUGAUGCAUUAUGACUCAAAAGCCUUCAGCAGGAACGGGCGCCCGACAAUUCUACCAAAGAAACAGGGGGUCAGCCUUGGUAACCGUGAACACCUGAGCGACAUUGACAUCCAGCAGAUGAACUUGCUGUACAAAUGUUCUGGAGGUGGUGGCGGCGGUGGAGGUGGAAGUAGGCCUAAACCACCCCCUCCAACAGAUUGCCAAGACACUGGAAAAUAUUGUGGUUAUCAUGUUCCCCGAGGGGAUUGUAAGAGGAUGCAAAUUGUAAGAGAGAGGUGUAAGAAAAGCUGUGGUUUGUGCUAAAACCAACCGCAUGGGCGAGGUUGGCCAGGGAACACAUGCACUUCUCAAAGAAUUGUAAAAUGAUGAGGAAAUGAUUAACUUUAAGCUUAAAACCCGAUGUAGUCAUGAUUAGUAAAUAAAGGAGUGUCGCACAUAA